GCCGCCGCCGCCGCCGCCGCCGCACGGGGUCCGGAGCGGGCUGCCGUCGUUCCGAGGCCGGCGGGAGCGUUGCAACAUGACAACAGAGAAGAGCCCAGAGGCCGAGAACGAAACCCCCCAGCGCCAGCCACGGAAAGCGGGGGAGGAGGAACGGCGGGAGGAGGCAUCGCAGCCGGCCGCCGGCGGGGAUGACGGGUCCGGGCAGCAGCAAGUGGCGGCGGAGCCCUCGCAAGGCCCAGCCACCCCCGAGCCCCUGAGUAGGCGGCGGACUGCCGAGGGCAGGGGUCUGUCCCGGCUCUUCUCCUCCCUCCUCCGGAGGCCCAGGGGGCAGGGGCCUGUGGACAGCGAGGCCGCGGACGACGAGGCCACAGGCGACGGGGCUGCCGCAGGGUCAGCCCAGGAGAACGGGGAGGGCGGAGGGCAGGGGGAUGCAGGGGUCGCCACUGGCCUGGACGGCGAGAUCCUCCUGAAGGCUCCCAUCGCCGACCCGGAGCCAGAACUCAAAACUGACCCGUCGCUGGACCUGCACUCGCUCAGUAGUUUGGAAACACAGCUGGCACAGGAGGAGCUCAGGGAGGAGCCGGGCUCCGAGGCCCGAGGGGGGGACGAGCCGGAAGAGAGCUCCCGGACGGAAGGGGCGCAGCGGGACGGCUCCGACGGCCAAACUGACGGGGACUCCAGGCCACCGCCGAGGGCGGGGCGGCGGCACCGGAACAUGAAUUGCCGCGUCUCCCUACUGGAUGGCACCACCUACGAGUGCGUGCUGGAGAAACACGCCAAGGGGCAGGACCUGAUCCGGAAGGUGUGUGACCACCUCAACCUCCUAGAAGAGGACUACUUUGGCCUGGCUGUAUGGGACUCUCCCACAUCCAAGACAUGGCUGGACUCGGCCAAGGAGAUCCGAAAGCAAGUGCACGGGGCCCCAUGGAACUUCACCUUCAGCGUGAAGUUCUAUCCUCCUGAUCCGGCGCAGCUGACGGAGGACAUAACGAGGUACUACCUGUGUCUCCAGCUGCGGCAGGAUAUCAUCACAGGGCGGCUGCCCUGCUCGUUCGCCACACUCGCCCUGCUGAGUUCCUACACCGUCCAGUCGGAGCUGGGCGACUUCGACCCGGAACUGCACGGGGAUGACUAUGUCAGCGAGUUCCAGCUGGCACCGAACCAGACCAAGGAGCUGGAGGAGAAGGUGUCGGAGCUUCACAAGUCAUACAGGUCCAUGACUCCGGCCCAGGCUGACCUGGAGUUCCUCGAGAAUGCCAAGAAACUGUCCAUGUAUGGCGUCGACCUUCACCAGGCAAAGGACUUGGAGGGCGUUGACAUUGUGCUGGGCGUUUGCUCCAGCGGCCUCCUAGUCUACAAAGACAAGCUGAGGAUCAACCGCUUCCCCUGGCCCAAGGUGCUCAAGAUCUCUUAUAAACGGAGCAGCUUUUUCAUCAAGAUCCGGCCGGGCGAGCACGAGCAGUACGAGAGCACCAUCGGCUUCAAGCUGCCCAGCUACCGUGCCGCCAAGAAGCUGUGGAAAGUGUGUGUGGAGCACCAUACUUUCUUCAGGCUGACCUCCACCGAGGCCGUCCCCAAGAGCAGGUUCCUGGCCCUGGGCUCCAAGUUCCGCUACAGUGGCCGCACCCAGGCCCAGACGAGGCAAGCCAGCGCCCUGAUCGACAGGCCAGCCCCUCAGUUUGAGCGCACCACCAGCAAGAGGGCCUCUCGUAGCCUCGAUGGAGCCACCGCUGCAGCCGAGGGGACCCCGGGCCGCAGCCCCCGGCCCAAGUCUGCCCCUGCCAUCUCUCAGAGCCACAUCGCCGAGGGGGGCGUCCCCGGGACCUCCAGGAAGCCCGAGGUGUCCGGAGCGGAUGGCGAGGUGGCGAAGGCGGACGAGAAGCUGGAGGAAUCCCAAGCCCAUCUAGCUAUCCCAGAGUCCUCAGAGGCACGGAAGGUGGAGAAGGUGCCUGUCGAGGGCGAGGUUUCCGCCGCUGCCAACGGGGACCCGGUCCAGCCACCCCCCACGGAGAAGCUCGAGGAUACCGUGCGCAUGAGGAAGAAGAGAUCAAAGAGACUAGAUGGUGAAAGCAUUUAUAUCAGACAUAGCAAUUUAAUGUUGGAGGACUUGGACAAGACCCAAGAGGAAAUCAAGAAGCACCACGCCAGCAUCAGCGAGCUGAAGAAGAACUUCAUGGAGUCAGUGCCAGAGCCCCGGCCUAGCGAGUGGGACAAGCGCCUGUCCACCCACUCCCCGUUCCGGGUGCUCAGCGCCAAUGGGCAAGUCCCCACCGGAGACGGCGUGAAGAAAGCCAUUCCCUUGUCCUCGGAGAGAAAGCCCCCCAACCGCCUCCUCCCUGAAGCGCGACCCUCGGGGGUGUGCAAAGAGCCCGGCCCGACUCUCCAGGCUCACCAGCGAAGGCUGGCCCAGCUGUCAGAGCUCAGAGCCACAUUCUUCCUCUCCUAGAGGCCUCCAUCCACCCCUUCCUCACCCCGGCCCCCGCCCCCGUGGGUGAAUGGUGCGUGACCAGCCAGCCACAGGGAAGGCUUUGCGAUUGGAAGGCAAACGUCCCCUUCCGUCCCCUCCCGCUUCCCCAAGCCUAUGCCAGGCCGCCUGGCCGGGUCUUUCCCCUUUCCAGUCUGCCCACACCCAAGUCCGAUUAUGGUGUUGGAUUCGACCCCACAGAACCGCCCAGCGGGGCCGGUGUCCCCCUUCCGGGACAAGGUCGAGGUUGGGCUUUAGGCCGGUCUGUCCCGGUCGGAGCUUGGGCAAGCACGCCACCGCUGGCAUUCCCAGGUCCCAGUGGCCAGCCUCGCUUUGGCCGCGAGAGGGGACGGUAGGCCGGGAUGGAUGGACUGUGGCGGGUCUCCGCAGGUCCUUGGACGGCGGAGGCUGUUUCCCUCCCUCUGGCCAUCUCUCUCAGUCCUGCUCUGGGCUUUCCCAGGGUGGGGGCUCCUGCGUACCCAACGCUGCCCAUCUCUCCCCAGCUGAUCUCAGGAGGCUUUGCGAUGGCCUGCGUGGAGAAUUGACCCUUGUUAUCAGGGAGGAUCCCCUCCCACCCCGGACCCUGGGCCUUUUGCACACCCCUAGGGCCCUCAAA